CAAAAGGAAGAUAAGAAAUAGAGCAUAAUACAUCGAAGAAGAGACCGAGUGAAAUCAAACUAAAUUGAGUAAAUGCAGCUUCGUUUGCCCAUGGGUUGCUCACCGAGCCAGUGAGCCACUGAGCCCACAAGGGAAACAAGGGACGCUCUCGCCCAGAUCACAUCCAUCCACUAACAUCAUCCACCGUUCGAUCUCUUACACCCAACCCCGGUCACCCGGAUUCACAGCAGCGCUGCCCCAAAACAAAAAGAUAUUCAACGUACUAUCGCUGGGCAUCCUCGAAAAUGGACGAGUUACUGAGGCCGGCGGGCAUAACCCGUAUGGCCAAAAACGAAGCAGAACCCGAUUUUUUACGAUUGUCGAGUGUUCAAUCCCACUCCAAGAACCCAGAGCCAACACCCAAACCACAGCAUCACACUCAUCUCACCACACUAGCGGAUGCUCUUGGGAUACUCAAGCACGAACCUGACUACAACUUCUUGAUCUCAGUCUUGACCUUUCUUUCUCGCCACGAAACAAAUGGCCUCCCGACUAUCAAGCUACCAAGUCCUCUGAGUGCCCAGCUUAUACAGGUCUUGGUCGCGGAGAUUGUGCCGAAUUACUGGGCUUUGCUCAUCGAAGAUGUUCAUCAAAAUAAAAACUCAGGGCUGAAGCUGCUCUUGUACUGUCUAUCAGGCAUCACAGGAGUGAACGCCAUCCUUGUUCGUCUCAGGGCUCUGAUACAUGAAACCAAGGCUGAGGCAUCUACAAAUGUCAAGCGUCCCGACAUACCUUUGAACAUCGGUAUUCUGUUGGAUCUCUUAUGCCGUAUCAUUGAGGGCGACGGCUGGCUUCUAGAAGCAUACCGCCUUGCAACAUCUAGCCAGGAAGCUGCAGCAAGAGUAAGACCGAGAAUACAGGAAAUUGUCGCCACUUUUGGCGCUUCUCGGAUUAUCUCAUUAGCAGCAGAGGCGGAAGACAUCGUCAAGGGUGAUGCCUCUAGCAAGAGGGUAGACAACAUCUGGCCUGCCGACUCAUCGCGAUACACCCGAUGGCUUGGCCGGAAUAUUGUGACACUGGCGUUGUCGGAUCUGACACCCAGCGAAACCAAACUUGCCCCUGACCUGUUUGCCAAAGCUCUUCGCCUUGGCCACUCUGAUGUACUCAUCAAGCAGCUCAUAUCCGAGCUUGUUUUGAAGCCACAGGCCGAACCCAAGAGAUUCGGCCUUCUGGUAGGCGGCCUACCGCAAACUGAGCAACGGAAGGUACUCUAUUCCGUUCUCAAGAUGUUUUCUACUGGGCAUUUAGAUCGUCUUGGCCGCUGUGAGUCCGAAGCAACUCAGCCACUCAUCUCUGCCGUGGCUGGUGCCCUUAACGGAAUACUUGGCUCGGUAGAAAAUGGCACCCGCCAUCUCGUGGAGUGGCUGACUGGCUCCUCCGGCGCUGGACUUGGGGAAGGCGUUGGUAUCCGACGGGCGGUCAUGGCGGUCGUCUCUCAAGAACGGGACGAGCUCGUUACUACACUUGAAAAGAGCCUCGGUCAGUUUGGCGACCAGCUCUACAUCAAGCAUUCCCCAAUGCUGCAACAAGAAGCUCACGCCCAGGUCCUACUUUUAACCGCUGGAUACGUGCACAGGAAGGCGCCCAUAAAGUUAGCCUUACUGUUGAGGUCGAGCACCUGGCUCAGUGCCGUGUCGAACAGAUUAUCGGCUCCUCAUGAAAGAGCCCGUUUUCUCGGCAUGGUGGUGGGCGAAGCGCUUUCUGCUCUUGUCGACAAGGGAGAAAAGCAACUCAACUUCAAGAUGGAGGAAACUGGCAACGAGGAAGGCAGUUGGUACAAGGGGUUAACGGGCGUCACAGAUGAGACUGGAUCCUUAGACCCUUUGCUAAACGCCCAAACUGAGAUCCCGCAAAAGCAACGCAAAGCGCCUCAAAAGCCGACUGUGAAGCCAGCAACCCGGCAACCACAGACCGGCUUCGUCAUCGAGGAACUCAGCGAUGGCGAGGGCCCAGAGGAAGAAGACAUCGUCCCUUACGCAAAACCAGAUUCUGAUGCAGAAGACUCGGACGACGACGCGACGCUGGUUAGGCGCGAUAAGCCAAAGGCUCCAGUGUACAUCAGGGACCUGAUCAAGUACCUUCGAGAUACGGAAAGCUACGAUCACCAGAAGCUCGCUCUGGCGACGGCCCCAACACUCAUUCGGCGGAAAGCAGACUAUGGAACCGAAGUGUCGGAACACGCCGAGGAGCUCGCUUCGUUACUGGUCGGACUGAGUGACAAGUUUGAGAUGGACAAUUUUGACGAGUUGAGGGUUCAGGGAAUGAUCGCCAUCAUCGUCGCCAAACCAGAGAAGAUGGGUCAAUGGUUCGCGAAGACAUUCUUUGAUGGAGACUACUCGGUCUCACAACGAGCAUCGGUCCUCAUUAUCCUCGGUUUAAGCGCUCGCGAGCUGGCCGGCUAUGAGACAUCCGACUACGCGGCGGCGGCGGCGUUCCCCUCCAAAACUCUCCCAGAGCGAGUCGGGCAGCUAUAUCUCCGCAACAAGCCUUCCGAAACCCAGCCCUCCGCCCUCAAAUCCCUCCCACCUAACGCUCUCGAUAACAUCGCCACCACACUUACUUCCACCUUCCUCGCCCCGAUGGCAGCAACAGCCGCCGAUGCGGCCACCGGCCCGGACGUUCUCAAGCUCUCCACCUUCACCUCCCGCCUUAACAACAACGGCUCUCAGAAUCAAAAAGAAGAUGAACACCUCUCCCCAACCAACCCCCGAAUCAAAUACAAAUCCACCCACCCCGCCAAACCCCGCGUCCGCGCCAUCCCAAACACAACCGCCCACCUCCUCGGUACCUCCUUCUUCGCCCCGCUCGCCGCCCGCUUCCAGGCCGCCGUGCACGCCUCCUCCACAACACGCGGCGGCAGCCGCGCCAUCCUCUUCCACCCCUACCUGCUAGCCCUCUACCUCAAAACCCUCGCCCUGAUCUUGCACGCCGCCGGGCCCAGCACGCUGGCCCUGCCGCAGCUGACCUCCGAGCUGUGGCGGCUGCUGCUGAGCACCAGCGUGCGCGCGCAGGCGGUCGGGGAUCUGGCCGUCACGCAGGCGGUGCUGUUCGCGUUCGUGGCGCUGCUGGACGUGAACGCGGACCGGAUGCGCGAUGUCUGCGUGGAGCUGGGGAAGGAGGUCGUGGAGGCGCAGGAGUGGGUCGCGGGGGUGUUUGGGGGGUUGAGGGGGGGCGAUGAGGGGGGCGAGGAGGAGAAGGUGAAGGUGCUUGCGGCGGGGGUGUUGGUUAGGUUGAGGGAGGGCGUGGAGAAGUAUCGGACGGUGUUGGUGGGGGAUUUGAUUGGGUUUGGGUAG